AGGACAGCUCUGCAUUCUCGGCUCGCCGGUCGGCACAACUUUCCAGUUUAUUAGGCGCUGGGCAACCAGCCCGAGGGUCCACCCAGAGGGUCCCAAGGCAGGCAGGCGCAGGCGUACAAGCAGUCCACUGCAUGAGGGUGCUGGGGCCGAGGAGGCGGCGCUUUGACCGCCGAGGCCAGCAGCCCAAGGAGGGGCUCCUUGCCGCACAGCAGGGCGGGCCGAGCUGCCGAGGAGCGACCCUGUUUGUGGACCCUGGCGGUGCUCAAGUCUCAUGAGUGCGGCCAGCGGUAGCCAGCCCUGGCACCGCCCGAGCCUGGCUGGGUGCAGGGACCUGGCCCUUUCCCACUGUCUGGGCCUGCUCACGAGGCCACCACCUGCGUUGUGGUUGGUGAGGACGCUCCGCCCGCUGCCGUGCCCACUGCCGUGCCCGCUGCUCGCUGCCUGUUCCUGGAGCUGCGGGCAGCGCGGCCGGAGCCCCCAGGACUGUGGGCGCCGGGUCCGGUCUAUUGAUGACUUGAACAAAUGGGCCCUGUGUCUUGUCUCUCCCUUCAUACUUGAGGCAGAACAUAUAGCGUUUGUGACCGAGAGCAUUUGGGCACAAGAUGGCAGUUUCCAGAAGCCAUCAUCCUCAGAAACAGUUGUAAAAUGGUCGGACUGCUGUUUGCCGUUAGCUUGCCGGCCUGGUGAUCCCUUCCAGUUAAUGGCUAAAGCGAGCGUGGAUGACUUCAGCAAGCUCGGGCUGGCAUUCAUGGAGGACAGACUGCAGAUGGAGAACGGACUGGUAGCCCAGAAGAUCGUCUCAGUUCACUUACAGGACCCUGCUCUGAGGGAACUCAGCAAGGCCUCCGGCGAGCAAGUGCAAGCUUCGCCCCUGAACCCAGCACCUUCCCUCGGGGGUAUCAUGGAGCAGGCUGGCCAAGGUGACUGGAAGGCCACCGGAGAAGGCUCUUCCCCGCUGAAGACAGGCUGUGGCUCGGGGAGAGAGCCUGCCUCCGAUGGGGACCCAGGACCGGGCUGCGCCGAGCGACACCAGCUGCACCUCUCCAGCUGCCACGAGUGCUUGGAACUGGAGAGCAGCACCAUCGAGUCCGUGAGGUGUGCCUCCGCGGAGGGCACUCCGGAGCUUCCCGAGGGCCGAGGCGGUGGCUCGGAGGCUGCUGCGGAGGAGCCGGGCCCUGAGCGGAAGGGGCGGAGGGGCAACGUCUCCGGAAAGGCGCCCAACAUCCUGCUCUAUGUGGGCUCCGGGUCCGAGGAGGCCCUGGGCCGGCUGCAGCAGGUUCGCGCCGUCCUGGAGGACUGCGUGGACACUGACAGCUACACCCUCUACCACCUGCGGGAGGACAGCGCUCUCAGGGACCCCUGGCCCGACAACUGCCUGCUGCUGGUCGUUGCCAGCCGGGAACCUGUCCCCAAAGACGUACAGCAGAGGUUCCUGGCCUACCUUUCUCAGGGGGGGAAGGUGUUGGGCCUGUCUUCCUCCUUCACGGUCGGUGGCUUUCGGGUGACAAGUAGGGACACGCUGCAGAGCACAGCCCAGAACUUGGUUUUCUCAAAGGCCGAUGGGAAUGAGGUUCGGCUCAGUGUCCUGAGCAGCGGCCAUGUUUAUGAGGAAGGCUUGAGCCCGGGCCGGGUCCAGGGCCACCUGGAGAACGAGGACAAGGACAAGGCCAUCGUGCACGUGCCUUUUGGAACCCGAGGAGGGGAAGCCAUUCUCUGUCAGGUGCAUCUGGAGCUCCCACCCAGUGCUGCUGUGGUGCACACCCGAGAAGACUUCGAUGUGCUCAAAUCCAGCAACGAGAGAAGACACGACGUCCUUAGAGACAUCCUGACCACCCUCGGCCUGGGCUGCGAUGCACGGCAGGUCCCGGCCCUAACACCGCUGCGCUUGCUGCUGGCCACUGAGGAAAUCCAGGAUCCCGUCAUGCAGUGGCUUGGGCAGCACGUGGAUCCUGAAGGAAUCAUAAAAUCCAGCAAACUGUCCCUACGAUUUGUUUCCUCUUACACGUCUGACAUGGAAAUCACCCCGUCUUCCAUACCUGUGCUAACCAACCCCGAAGGCUUCUCAUCAGAGCAUUUCAACCUGGAGACCUAUCGCCGAAAUCUGCGGACCACACGGCUCGGAAAAGUAGUUCUGUUUGCAGAAGUGACGCCCACGACCAUGAGUCUCCUGGGUGGGUUGAUGUUUGAGAUGCCGCAGGAAAUGGGUUUAAUCGCCAUUGCAGUUCGGCAGACCCAGGGCAAAGGAAGGGGCCCCAAUGCCUGGCUGAGCCCCGUGGGGUGCGCCCUUUCCACUCUGCUGGCCUGUGUCCCCUCGAAGUCAGAACUGGGUCAGAGGAUUCCAUUUGUCCAGCACUUGAUGUCCCUGGCCGUCGUGGAAGCCGUACGGUCCAUCCCAGGGUACGAGGAUAUCAACUUGCGAGUGAAGUGGCCCAAUGACAUUUAUUACAGCGACCUCAUGAAGAUUGGUGGAGUGCUGGUUAAUUCAACACUUAUGGGGGACACAUUUUAUAUCCUUAUCGGCUGUGGAUUUAACGUGACCAACAGUAACCCUACCAUAUGCAUCAACGACCUCAUCGCAGAAUACAACAGGCAGCACGGAGUAGGCCUGAGGCCCUUACAGGUGGACUGUCUCAUAGCCAGGGCCGUAACUGUGCUGGAGAGCCUGAUCGACAGGUUUCAGGCCCACGGGCCCGACGGCGUUCUUCCGCUCUACUAUAAGUACUGGGUGCACAGCGGCCAGCAAGUCCGCCUGGGCGGCGAGGAGGGGCCGAGGGUGUCCAUCGUGGGGCUGGAUGACUCCGGGUUCCUGCAGGUGCUGCAGGAGGACGGCGGGGUUGUGACAGUGCAUCCGGACGGCAACUCCUUCGACAUGCUUAGAAACCUCAUCCUGCCCAAGCGGCAGUAGCCAGCAGCGAGUCCCCAAGCAGCCGGAUCUGCCACUGCAGGAGGGGAGCUGCUUCUGGGACCCAGGCUUGCAUGGCCGCCGCCUCUCCUGCCCGGGGCCUGGGAGGCGAAUGCAGCGUCGUGGGCCAGUGCCAUUUGUUAUCCUAUCAGGGUAUUGGUCCCCGCCCCCCUCCCCAGGUUUGGGUUUUGUUGUUUUGUUUUCAUACCUAUGGUUUUGUGGAGUUUGGAUUUAUUUUCACUGGGGAAAACAAGGGUUUUCAGAGGGUUGCAUUUAACCGUGAGAUGUGGUUUCCCAAGAGUGAAGGCCUCGGCCCUACACUGUGCAAACACCGAAUGCCCCGGAUGAGGCGUGCAAACAGCAAGUGCUGAGUUAGAGGUCCGCCUGGCGCGUCUCCGGAGCCGUUCUCCCGGAAGCACAGUGGCGUCUGGACUCUGGUUUCGGUUUUGUUUCUGGGGUUGUCUUCUUAGUCAGGCGGGCUUCGGGAAGUUUCUCCGCUGUGGUGUUUGCUGUCACCGCACUGGGGGCCCGGGAGACGAGCUCGCCGGCCCGUCGCGUGACCUCGCAGACGAAGGCAGUUUCUUCCCGGCCGGCGCAGCGGGCACUUCCUCCCCAGCACACGAGUCAGGCGGUAGACUCUCAGGCCGCGACGGCACCCUCCUCUGAGGCAGAUGCUGCCCAGGCGUGGAGACAGCUCGCUCUCGUGCCCACACGACGGGGAUUCUCGGAGCCAAAGAAGUGAGAAGUGGAGCAUUCCCGAGAGCCUGGAGCAGGGCCGGGGGUGUAGCUCUGCACUAGGUCACGAUUCUCUGCCCCGAUUUCCUCAUGUUGUCAUGAGAGAAGGAGGUAUUGACACUAAAUGCCAUCAAUUUGGAGACCUGUGUGCAUAUCUGAUUGUGUGUGUGUGUGUGUGUGUGUGUGUGUGUGUGUUUACACUUGUGCACAUACAUGCGUGUGUGGCUUUAAAAGAUGUUCAAAAUCUGCUGUGCUAAGAGUCUCCUGUAGGAACUAGAGUUUCCAGAUGUGCCCCGGCUUCCGCACCUACCUCCCGUCUCUGCAGAGCAGGUGGCUCCUACCCACGGCUCCCAGCCUUAAAGAGCCGGUUCCUCCCUCGCAUUCCCGAGCGAGGGGAAAGGAAACGGCGGAACCGAACACUGAGUUGUGUACAAGACCCGGUCUUCAUAGCGAGGCCAUCUUUAUCCCGGUUGUAAGUCGUCAGGCCGGCUCCGGGAGCCUGAGGUUUUCAGUGUAAAACCCUCUCUGUCCUCAGCCGAGCACAGACGAAAAUAACACGGUGAAUUAUCCCGACCUGAUGUGUGCUUGAGAGAGUGUAACUGUAAGAGAACUUAAAACUUUUUGUAAGACUUCCAAUUAAAGUUUUUUCUCAGCUGUUUGUGUUGGUACAGGCCUUUAAUCCCAGCACUCAGGGAGGCAGAGGCAGGUGGAUCUCUGUAAGUUCAAGGCCAGCCUGGUCUACAGAGUCCAGGACAGCCAAGGCGACAGAGAAAUCCUGACCGAAAAGUUUUUUUCUCAAAAAAAAAAAAAAAAAUAUAUAUAUAUAUAUAUAUAUAUAUUCAGAUUUUUUUAAUUCAUGCAAGUUUAAAUAAAACUCUACACCACCCCAAAAUUGCAAAAAGACUGCCCCUUGAGAGGAGUCUGUAAGAUGUCAGCAGGAGCGAAGAGCUCCAGGCUGAUGUUGCGCACCUCAUUCCUAGACUUUGUAACAUGAGGCUGGCCGUCUCUCAGGGCGGCCCCCAUUCCAUUUCACAUUUCUGUGGGGGAUUAUUUAAUGAAAAACAUGCUAUGUUUUAUUUUAAGCUGAAGGCCUAUUCUGGAAAGUUCAACUUCGGGAAAAAAAUGUUAUCAUUUCAUUUCCUUUCUGUAAGUUACAACUAAUGAAGUGUGCUCGCGUCGAGCAGACAGGAGAUGGUCUGGUCCGGCAUGGCGAUUGUCAGCGUGUUCUCGCCUACACAGACAUGACGCCCCGUUGUCCUGAAAGAGACGAGAUGGCCUCAAAGCAGAAGCUGCGUCCCCUAUGAGCUGGCUUUGCCUCACACAAACCAAAGACUCGAGACUCCACGCUGUGGAGAGCAUUCUGCCCUGGAGGCUGCGUGGCCACCACUGUGCCUGCCGUGCGCAGGGCUGUUUACACGCUCAGCACCGAGGUCUCCAGGAGCUGCGUGAGCCUUACGGACGCUGCGACGCUGACGCUGCGUGUGCCUCAGGCAGGUCAUCUCCCCGGGUGCUGGAAGGUGCGCGGUGUUUUGCUCAGCUGAAGCGAGGAGGGAGCCAUGACAGUGAGGAACUGCAGGCCGUGCCCUGUGACUGCCAGUGUGUGCAGUGACGUGACCUGUGGUGAGAGCAGUGUCACACCCGGUGAGGGACUCUGGGGUCGCCCUCCUCCCAGCAGUGUGGGAGUGCCCUGGCCCAGCUCACCUGGCACUUGCUGGGUGCGAGAGGGGGACUUCCGGGCCCUGCUUCCUUCCCUCCCAGCCGGAAGUGGUCCACCCUCAUUCCUGGCUCAUCACUAUGCAUCUUUGAAGUAAACAAAAAUGUAAACCUUUGCUAUUUCUUAUUUUUUAGGUUUUCAAAGAAUCCUCUCUGAAAAGAAUUACUUUAAACCAAUGCCUAUAAAGCAAGUCUACCAAAAUAAACAACUAGGAUUUUCACUGUGA